AUGGCAAAGUCGGACACUAGCCAUGAAGACGAGAAGGCUAUCGAGCCUGAUGUGAAGCUGGUAACAAAAAGGAGAGGAUUGUUUGGUCACAAAGCAGUCAAUAGUGAUGCCGUACUGGAGAAAGACAAAUCCUCAGUGAAUACAGUUGGCGAUGACGAGAAGAAGCCAGAGGCGCCCCCUAUAUCAUUCUUUCAACUUUUCCGAUAUUCAACCAAGCUCGAAAUUUUCCUCAAUUGUAUUGGGAUUGUAGCAGCCGUUGCUGCUGGUGCCGCCCAGCCAUUGAUGACCUUGCUUUUCGGAAGAUUAACGGAGGAUUUUGUGAGCUUUACGCAGGUAGUUAACCAAGCAAAUAACCACGUUCCUGGGGCGGCGGAAAGGAUACCUGAAGUCGCCGCUCACUUUCGUCAGGCUGCUGCCAAAAAUGCAAGCUAUUUGGUGUACAUUGGCGUUGGCAUGUUUGUGUGCACCCACAUUUUUAUGCACAUAUGGAUAUACACAGGAGAAGCCAACGCCAGGCGAAUUCGAGAAUUGUACCUUAAAGCAGUAUUGCGUCAGGAUAUCGCGUUUUUUGAUCAUGUAGGGCCGGGAGAGGUCGCCACUCGGAUUCAAACAGAUACCCACCUAGUGCAACAAGGCAUAUCUGAGAAGGUUGCCCUAGUAGCUAAUUUUGCCGGAGCCUUUGUGGCUGGCUUUGCGUUGGCCUUCGCAAAAUCAUGGCGUUUAGCUCUCGCUGUGAGCUCCAUUUUACCAUGCAUUGCAGUGGCGGGAACAGUGUUAACCGUUUUCGCUGUGAGGUACAAGCAAAAUUCGCUGAAGCACGUUGCACAAGGAGGGAGCUUCGCGGAAGAAGUCAUAUCCACUGUUAGAACUGCACAGGCCUUUGGAACUCAAAACAUCCUGGCAGCUCUAUAUAGCGUGGACAUACAGAAAGCGCUAAAGGUUGACAUGAAAGCUUCUGUUGCAAAUGGAGGUAGUCUCGGUGCAUUCUUCUUUAUUCUUUAUGCUGCAUAUGGACUGGCAUUCAGUUUCGGAACUACACUGGUCAACCAGGGUCACAUCACUGGAGGAGCUGCAAUUAAUGUGUUCAUGUCUAUUUUAAUCGGCUCGAUUUCUCUUGCAUUACUCUCCCCAGAGUUGCAGGCGGUUAAUAAUGGACGAGGUGCCGCAGCGAAACUGUUUGAAACCAUCGACAGAAUUCCCAGUAUCGAUUCGGCAAAUCCCGGUGGACUAAAACCCGAGCGAGUGGAAGGUGAAAUCACUCUUGAAGAUGUUCGAUUCAGUUACCCUUCACGCCCGACCAUUGAGGUCGCCAAAGGACUUUCCAUCACAUUCAGAGCUGGAAAGACUUCCGCUCUGGUCGGUGCCUCUGGCUCGGGGAAGUCUACCAUUGUCUCCUUGGUUGAACGAUUCUACGAUCCUACAAGUGGAUCUGUCAAACUCGAUGGCAAUGACCUCAAAACCCUCAACGUCAAAUGGCUUCGCUCACAAAUUGGACUGGUGUCCCAGGAACCCACUCUGUUUGGCACUACCGUGAAAGAAAACGUUGCGCACGGGCUAAUCGGCACCAAAUUCGAGCAUGCUUCCGACGAGGAGAAAGACGUUCUCAUCAAGGAAGCGUGUAUCAAGGCCAACGCUGAUGGAUUUAUCUCGCAGCUUCCUCUCGGUUACGACACAUUUGUGGGUGAACGUGGAUUGCUUCUGUCUGGUGGUCAGAAACAGCGUGUCGCUAUCGCCCGAGCCAUUGUCUCUGAUCCCAGGGUGUUGUUGUUGGAUGAAGCGACCAGUGCCUUAGACACGCAAUCUGAAGGGGUUGUACAGGACGCUUUGGAUAAAGCUUCUGCAGGCCGAACGACUAUCACCAUUGCGCAUCGACUUUCGACCGUCAAAGAUGCGGACACAAUCUUCGUCAUGGGAGAUGGCCUUGUUUUGGAAUCAGGAAAUCACGAAGAGCUACUCCAGAAGGGAGGCGCCUACAUGCGCCUCGUAGAGGCCCAGAAGCUCCGUGAAGGUGAAGAAAAGGCAGACUCGGAGCAGGACGAUGAUAAAUCAGAAAAAGCCAUGCACAAAGAGAUUCCCCUGGCUCGUAAAAAUACCAACCAUUCUUUGGCGAGCGAUAUUCUUGGACAAAGGAAGAUGGUGGCAAAGGAAGAUGACGAGGACGAUGGUCGCGGACUGAUGUUCAUAUUCCGACGCAUGGCAAUACUUGGCCAAGACCAAUGGUUCAACUAUUGCCUGGGUGCAAUCGCUGCUAUCAUGACUGGAAUGGUCAACCCGGCGUUCGGACUUGUUUUUGCGAAGGGUAUCGAUGCAUUCUCAUUGACCGAUAAUGCCGCCAGAAGGCACGAAGGAGAUAGAACUGCGCUUUGGCUGUUCAUUAUCGCCAUCCUGUCGUGCAUGUCAAUCACCGCCCAGAAUCUCUACUUCGGUUCUGCUGCAGCCAGCUUGACGGCUCGCCUCCGCAAUCUCAGUUUCAAAGCCAUCCUGAGGCAGGAUAUUGCUUUCUUUGACAAGGACGAAAAUAGCACCGGUAGCUUGGUGGGACAACUAAGUGAAAAUCCACAGAAAGUCGAGGGUCUCGCGGGAGUUACAUUAGGCGCAUUUGUGCAGACAUUUUCGACGCUAAUCACAGGAUCUUUGCUGGGGCUUAUCUUUGUUUGGAAAAUCGGCCUCGUUGGAAUUGCGUGUACUCCGGCUCUCGUCACGGUUGGAUAUAUUCGUCUGCGAGUUGUCGUAUUGAAAGAUCAGGUGAACAAGAGGGCCCAUGAAGAUUCCGCUCAAUUGGCCUGUGAGGCCGCUGGAGCUAUUAGGACAGUUGCGUCGUUGACAAGGGAGGAUGACUGUCUACGGAUAUACAGCGAAAGUCUGGAGGAGCCCAUGCGCAAAUCAAACAGGUCGGCAAUUUGGAGUAGUGCGCUGUAUGGGUUCACACAGGCACUCAGCUUCUUCGUGAUUGCCCUUGUCUUCUGGUAUGGUUCACGACUUGUUUCGACGUUGGAAGUCAGCCUGUUCCAUUUCUUUGUUGGUCUGAUGAGCACGACUUUCAGUGCCAUCCAGUCGGGCAAUCUGUUCUCCUUUGUCCCCGACGUGUCUUCAGCGAGAAGCGCUGGCUUAGACAUCCUAAAGCUCCUUGACACUGUUCCAGAUAUCGACGCCGAGUCUGAUAGCGGCACUCACGUCGACAGCAAAGCUAUCGAGGGCCAUAUCCGUUUCGAAGACGUUCACUUCCGAUAUCCCACACGCCCCGGUGUUCGUGUUCUACGUGGGCUCUCACUCGACGUCAAACCAGGAACAUACAUUGCUCUAGUUGGUGCCAGUGGUUCGGGGAAAAGUACUACCAUUCAACUGAUGGAAAGAUUUUACGAUCCCCUGGCUGGAGAAGUCUACCUGGACGGCCAAAAAAUAUCUGAGUUGAAUGUUCAAGACUAUCGCAAACAUUUGGCGCUGGUUUCCCAAGAGCCGACUCUGUACUCUGGCACCAUUAGGUUUAACAUCCUUCUUGGAGCUAUUAAACCACAGUCCGAAGUUACACAGGAGGAGUUGGAAAAUGCGUGUCGCGAUGCCAACAUUCUUGAUUUCAUUCAGAGCCUCCCUCAAGGAUUUGAUACCGAGGUUGGAGGGAAAGGUUCACAGCUAUCUGGCGGUCAAAAGCAACGGAUUGCCAUUGCUCGUGCUCUUUUGCGAAAUCCAAAAGUUCUGUUGCUGGACGAAGCGACAUCUGCGCUUGAUUCGACUUCUGAGAAAGUCGUUCAAGCUGCUUUGGAUCAGGCAGCUAAAGGGCGAACAACCAUCGCCAUUGCUCACCGACUAUCCACAAUCCAGAACGCUGAUAAGAUUUACUUCAUCAAGGAAGGUCGUGUAAGCGAAUCCGGAACACACGAUGAAUUGAUAGCCCAGAGAGGAGAUUACUAUGAAUUCGUCCUCCUUCAAGGACUCAACUCAUUCCUUCGCCUUGUUUUCAACUUUAAAUCACCACACAGAAGACCCAAAAUGAGCGCACGGCAACAAUUCCUCCCUGGAUCGGGUACUCACUUCACCCCCGACCCAGAAAAUCCGCUGCAUGCAUCUUCGCAGGCAGCUGCAGAGCCAACGAAAAAGGAAUCGUUUCUUGGAUCUGGUGGAAUGUUGAACGGUAACAGCGACGAUAUAUUCUCUCGCCAACGGUCUGGUACAAAUGGUCUUAGCGGCCUCACGAAAAAAAGGUCUCAUCCUUCCAAUACCAUGGAUUCAGCGCCGAAGAACGCACAUUUACGACCUGGAACGGCGGAUCCGUAUUCAAAGGCAUAUCAAAAUUUGAAUUCAAACUUCUCAAGGGCUCGUGUACCGUUAGUGGCUCCUACGCCACAAGUCAACUACCCCUCGUCUCUGCUAUUUCGCAGCUCCUCUUCUAAUGCAUUCAAAGUCCCUACUUUUGUCGACAAUGGCAACAAUAGUACUAAAUCUGUCGAUAACGACGCGCAUAUAUCUGCUUCAGAUGGCUCUACCGCCAAUGAUGCUUCCAUGAAAGCCGAAACUUCCUCUAUGCUGGAUCGUGAACUCGUGGACGAUGGUUCGAUGUCUUUUUCUGAUAUAAAAUUUAUUCCAGGAUCCCAUCAAGCUGGACCGAGGCGGAUACCCAUCGAUGAUCGCACCAACAAUGUCACUAUCUCUUUGACUGGUCACGAAAUUAAUUCGGAUGGUAGAAUCAGGGCGGUAAAUGAUCGAAAACGUAGUCGAGAUGAAGCGGACAUCGAUGACGGAGAGUACGCAUACGAAAACCCUCUGAAACGCUUCAGGCCCCUGCAGAACGAACGUAACACUAAUGAAAAUAGAAGUGUUGCGAAUGCCUCUCCUCGUACUAAGCGACCCAGUUCUGGUCUUUCUCGCUCAGGGGAACGUCGCAACCUUGAUAUGGAGGCUCACAGGAGUCCCAUCUCCCAACGUGUUGCUUACUCUGCUUCGCAGUCUCGCCACUUCUCUGGCUCACCCCCUCAACCUAACACGCAUGCUUUUCAUUCAUCCCAUCUCGAAGAUCAUCAACCAGAGGAGAUGAAGCCAUUCACUAAGCUCCUUGGUCAGGACCCAGAUUUAUACCUAACGCAGCAUAUGAAAGUUUACGAUGAUUUGGUAAACAAAUGGACCAAUUGUACUAUGGAAGAAUGGGUAGCAGGCGCAAACGAAGUCGCCUCGAAGUAUUAUAAAAUCUUGGACUACGUGAGUCAAGGAGCAUGUCAGCUCAGGUUAUAUGGCUGCUUGCACGAAACUGUCAACAAACAUAAUCUUGUUCUGAAAGACAGAGACAAUGUUCUGGUGGCUGCGAAGAAGAAACUGGUUGAAGAAAGUGGAUCUGUUCUAGGAAGAUGA